CCGGGCAAACUCCUCCUCCAGGGAGGUGCCUUUAAAUAAGAGCCAGCUGGCCGGGCCACCGCUUUACUCCCGAGCAGUACCUGCGAUCGAGGUUUCCUCCCCGGGAGGCAGCAGCCUGUCAGCAUGGCUCAAGCUUUUGUGAACAGCAAAAUCCAGCCUGGGAAGGUGGUUGUGUUCAUAAAGCCCACCUGCCCCUACUGCAGAAGGGCCCAGAAUCUCCUCAGCCAACUGCCCUUCAAACAAGGGCUUUUGGAAUUUGUCGAUAUCACAGCCAAUGCUAACACCAACGAGAUUCAAGAUUAUCUGCAACAACUCACAGGAGCCAGAACGGUACCUCGGGUCUUCAUCGGUAAAGAGUGCAUAGGUGGAUGCAGUGACCUAGUAAAUAUGCAUGAGAAAGGGGAACUGUUGACAAAGCUAAAGCAAAUUGGAGCUCUACAAUAAUUACAGCAGACCCCAGGCUGAUAUCCCCCUUGAGAGCUGGACGGCACUGCAGAUAAUGACUGCACUUCCUGGAGGAUGGACCUGGGGCUGCCUUUACCCAGCCACAGAAACUGUUUACUUAAAAUCCUGAAAUACAUUAGCCCAAAUAAAGUGAGGGGGGUAUUUGGGGGGGCAAAACCAGCUUUUUCUUCUUUUGACUCAGUAUUAAAAGUGGACCAACUUGCCCCAAAUGAUAGGUCAGAGAAGUCUGAUGGAUGUCUCAGGUUUCUUGUGGAUUGGCCCUUUGGUUCCAAAAGACCAUGACAACACUUAGGAUUCACUCACUGACCCAGAAGAGGUUUCUUCUCCUUGGCACAUGUUCCUGACUAAGUGUUCUCCAUGUGCUGGGACGACUCUACCUCCACGCCACUGUUUCUCAACCAAGCAUACAGGAUGAAACUAUAGUUGGUUUUCUGCCACUGUCUGAAAAUUAUUGUUCGACUUUAUAAAUUUGUAUUAUGAAAUCAAUAGGUAUUUUGAAUGUGCUUUUUCAAAGGGUGUCUCCCUAGCCACCAUCCCCACCCCACCCCCUCCUACUUUGAGAAUCACUGCUGUGAACCAGUGUUCUGAACCUUGACAACUCACAGAUCUCACAGGAAAUGUUCAACAAUUCCGUGAAGGGUCUGAGCACUCAACUUAGAUAUGCCACAUGAAAAGUUAAGCACGGUUGGUCUUCACUUUGUGCCACAGAGAUCAGAGGUAUAAAUGCAGAUGCUGUGAUCACGUGGCAACACUCUUGUUGUAUAAGAUGCUUGGCCAGGGAAUCCUGAACAAGUGUGUACUAAUUUGUUUAGAUUAUAAGUAAAAGUAAAACAUAAAAUUUUAAAUGUUAUGUAGAAACCUUAUAUUCCCCCUUCCCCAAGAAUGUCUGUGAAAGUAGCCAAAUUUGGGAAACACUGUUCUAAAUGAUUUUCUCUCCUUUUUCUCCCCUCAUUCUAUGAAAAUUUAAGAACUCCUUAUUGUGAAGGUUGUUCUAGAAUUGCAAGAUUAAUUUCUUUUUGUAGUCUCUAGUGUGAAUGGUUCAUUUCUUCUCUAAUAAAGAAGUACCCAUGGACUACACAGUGAUUUUUGUCCAAUUCUUUUCUGUUCUCAAGACAUAAUGCAAAAGAUACCAAUCGAAAGCUUUUUUCAUGUCUGUCCCCUGCCAUUAUAAAUAAAGGCACGUGCU